AUGCUUUUGAAAGAAUGGUUACCUAAUAAUGCAACCUUUACCCAGCUCAGAGAAUUUCACACAACCGUCUCCAAUGCAUAUAAAUCUCUUCUAAAUCUUAAUUUAUCGCACGAGAAGUUGUUAAAUUUAGUGUUUAUACAUCUUAUCAGCCAGAAAUUAGACAAUGCUACACUUCGGCAGUUAGAAUUUUCUCAAGAACAUGAACUUGAGCAAUCAGAUGUUUCUCAAUUUAUGAGUGCGAUAGAAAAUCGAGUCCGCCAUUUAGAAAUGCUUUCCAUCACCACAGAUAAGUCUAAAGCCUCCGGUAACAAAGAUGUACGAUUUUCAUGUCAUACCCAUACUGAUGCUAAACAAAAUUUGGCAUCGUCUCGUUCCACUUCCUUUAAUAAGUCAUGUGCAUACUGUAAAAAUAAGUCUCAUUCUAUUUAUGUUUGUAAAGAUUUUAAGUCCCAAAAUGUUGCUUCUAGACGUGAAUUUGUCAAGCAGCACUCGUUAUGUUUUAAUUGUUUAGGCAAUAAACAUUUGAUUAAAGAAUGUCCUAGUAGUAAAACGUGUUUUCACUGUAACCAACGUCAUAAUUCUCUACUACACAUGGAGAUCAGGACGUCACACUACUCUGCUCACUCUCAACCGUCAAGGUCUCUCAAUGGUAACUGUAGUUCUGUCCCUCAGAAUUCUAAUACUCACAGUUCUGUAGACAACCACCCGUCUACUUCUCGCUCUCUUCCAGAAGUUGUAGAUAAUGUUUCACACAGCACCAAUGCAGUUACACUCUCAAAUGUUAUUUCAACUAGUCCUAACAACUCUAUAGUAUUACUGAGUACAGUUGAAGUAUAUCUCUUUGACAAAUCUGGCAAACGAAUUUAUGUCAAAGCUCUUUUAGACAAUGCCAGCCAGCUAUCCCUUGUAACUAGUGACCUAGUACAUCAGUUAGGGAUCACCACAGAAUCUCAGACCAUUAAAAUUAACGGGGUUAACUCUGGCACGUCAACUUCCACCAAAGUUUCUCAUUUGCAGAUUUAUUCUGCAGCUACUGAUCACAAGUUAAAUGCUAGUUGCUUUGUAAUUCCAAGUAUUACUGGGUAUUUACCUCAGGUCAAAAUAAACGCAAGGCAAAUUCAUAUUCCUAGUUCCAUUACAUUAGCAGAUUCUCGUUAUGCAGUUCCCAGCCCAGUUCAUUUAUUGAUCGGCGCUGAUUUGUAUUCUGAUAUUCUUUUAAAUAAUACAGUCUCUCUUGGCCCAAAACUACCAAUGUUACAGGAAACUCUUUUUGGUUACAUAAUAUUCGGUAGGGUCCCAAGUUCAGCAAUUAGUAAAGGAUAUCAUCACUCCACAUAUCUUAAUAAUUUGGUCACAUGCCAUAUCAAUAAUGUUUCUGACACCCCCCUCUUGUCUGAUGAAGUGUUACAUGGAUUAGUGGAAAAAUUCUGGGAGUCUGAUCAACUUCCACAGAUUCAGGAUUCUGUAGAUACAGACCACCCCGCAGAAACUCAGUUUUUAAAGACUGUACAAAUUCUUCCCUCAGGUCGAUAUAAAGUUUCUUUGAAUUUAAAUCGUCCUCUUGGUGAUAUUAAAUUAUCAGGCUCUUUACCGGCAGCUAAGGCUCGCUUUCUUCAAUUAGAGAGGAAACUACACUCUGAUCCACAACUAUUUCAUAGUUAUCGCAAGAUUAUUCAAGAUUAUUUAGCUAAUGACCAGAUAAAAAGAGUACCUUUAAAGCCUCUGUCCAUAGACAAUAGGGAGUGUCUGGAAAUUAAAAAAAAAUAUGGAAGACAAAAUUACAUUAUUAAACAAGGAAAAUAG